AAGUCGAUGUUCUUUCCGUUGCUUCAAACUUUCCAGUAUUCUUUUUAUAAAGGAAGACAUAGUUAUUCACUAUUUGUCAAGGCAUAUCGUUGGAGACGAAUAUCUGCUAUGAAUAGUUUUCAAGGUUUUUUCUCUUCAGAUACAACUUCUGUGCAAAAUACAAGUAGAUUGCAAAUCAAUAGGAAAAAGAUAGAUGGUUCUCAAUCGAGUGGUAAUAACCCAGCUCUCAAACAGGCUGCUGCAAGAGCUCGUAAGAAACCAAGAAAAGUUGUUAGAGUACUGGAAGAUGAUGGAAUCGGAAUCUGCGCAGCAUAUUGUCUGCCUAGUAAUGUAGACUUACAGGUGAUCAGUCGAGAACUUUCCAAUUUUCCUCAGUGCACUUUAGACUCUGAACAGAUACCGUAUGCCAAUGACGUCGUUCAUGCGACUGUGUCGGUACAACCUACUUCUGCUGAUCGAGCAGAGACUAUAGUUAUUCAAUCUGAAACAAGCAAAUCCUCUCCCACUACAAUAGGCCAUCUGUUUGUCUUCGAAAGCGGUGCUCUCGUCUUUUGGGGUGUUCCUUUUUAUAAAAGGAGCGAAAUAUUCAAUAGGUUACUGGAAACUUUGAGAUUUUCGUUGGCAACUGCGAUGACGCUAUCUAGUAAAGCUUCUACAUCCAAAGCACCGUUUUUCAGUCUUCAUGACUUUGAUCAUGAGUUUGACUAUUAUACUGGUUCUUCUAAAACAAAAGUAGAAAAUGAUGAAAUUCAUUUGAUGGAUAUUGAUGAUAAGCUCGAGUUGAUGGCAAUAUCAUAUUGUUUGGCACAGUCUGUAAAACUCUUAUUAUACGAGGAGGAGAUUGACACUUUAGUAAAUAAUACCUGGCAACUUCCAUUGGAGCUUGCACAGACUGGAAGUAUACGAAUGUCCAGGAAGGAUAUAAAGAAGAGAAUAGGCGAACUUUUAGCUGCUAGAUAUCGAGUGAAUCUGUUGUCCGAUCUGCUCGAUGCACCCGAUCUUUUUUGGCAGUUUCCUGAUUUAGAAAUUCUUCGUUCUCAAUGUUUCAACACGGUUGAUUUUCAUAAAAGGACUCGCCUAUUGAAUAAUAGAAUGGAGAUAAUCAAGGAUGCAUUGGAUAUUUUGAAUACUGAACUAACUGCAACGAGCUCUCAUCGCGUUGAACAAUUUAUCGUUCUUCUGAUUGCUAUUGAGGUUGGUUUUGAAAUAACUAAACUUUUCUGAUAUCUUGGUACUUUAGUGAUAUGAGAAUAGCUCUAAUUAUUUCUGUGCGAGUUAGAUGAAUUAUUGUCGUUUGUUUUCUGAUGUGAAUAUCUCUAUUGUAUGGAUAUUUUUAGGUUUCUCUACUACAGAUAGCGUUUAUUGUUGUGUCCAAUGACCAUUGAAAAGAUAGUGUUGUUUCAAUACUAUAUAAAUUGGUUGAUGAAAUAUUUCAAAGAAAUGAUUUCUUUAGCGU